AGCCAAGGUAAGCUACGAAAAUAUGAAACGUCUGCUUGUGUGUUGAUGUUGUCCUCAAUCCGCCGGUUUCUACUGUAUAUAAAUCCCUUGAUUAGACGCGGUUGAAGAGCGGUUAUGAAAAAGUGAGAGUUACUUCUCAUAAUUGCUUGAAAAAGAGAGAGAGGAAUUGGCUUACCGUGGCCACGUCUGCCGACCUUUGACCUGUUUCACACUUCCAACUCUUUGCACCUGGCACUGGAUUUUGGCCUUUCUGGAUUCGCGCUCCUAUUGGGCUUUACCUCCAUUGGGACAACUCUGUGUUUUCUUUCGGGGCUUGUAGGAUAAAAUUUUCGAAGUCGUUGAAGAUUUCAACUUGAUCUCCUUCACUUGACAGACGACACUACAUGAGCGCUACUCGUUUACAGGUGGAUACUAAAUUAUGUCGCCACGUAACCCGAUGUGAAACGUGUCUAUUUCAUGAAAGAAAUGCUCCCUAAAAUCCAAAACUAUUUAAUAACUACUACUACUAAACCGUGGAAAUUAAGAUCUCAAGCUGAAGUAAGAAUUCAAAGAUGAAAAAAAUGGAGAAAGAAAGCAAGGAGAAAAGGAAGGAGGAAGAAAAUAGAGAGAAGAGAAAAGAGCUUAAACAGAAAGACAAUAGUUAUGAGCAUGAGAAUCAUCAUCAAGCCCCAAACAUUUCAGCAAUGAAGUCGACGACGAGAAAUGCGUAUGGUGGUGGGAUGUACGCUCUCGAGAAGGCAGAUGAAAGACCAUCAUAUCCUCCGGCAAGCCAAACCCAAAGUGCUGAUGGGCCGGAUGAAGCUGAACUCAAGCCAAAACAUCAGCCUCCUCCUUCUUCGGGUGAUCGUGAUAUUGAUAUUACUGGCCAAUCAUACAUACAGUAGCUCUUUAACUUAUAUGGAUAUAUAGUUUAGGGAGUACGUAAUAUGAUUUGUAAGCAGUUUAUGAUCCAUUACGGUGUGUAUGUCAGUAUGUGUUUGGUGCUUAUGGAUCAAUUUGUGUUUAUUAAUGGUUACUACCUACCCUAAAAGAUUAUCCUAUUUAUCUUUUUAAUUUAAAUAUCUUUAAUGGUA